AAGAAAGUAGUUUUAGGGAAACAAAGUUUCAAUCAAACCCUUUGGUAAGUCUCCAAUUCUCAACUUCUUCUUCAUUCCGCUUGCGUAAACGUUCCGACCCAAAGAAUCUUGCGAUUCACUUCAACUCAAUUCAAUUUCAAUGGCUAACAGCAAUCUCCCUCGAAGAAUCAUCAAGGAAACACAGCGGCUCCUUAGCGAACCAGCCCCGGGAAUAAGUGCAUCUCCAUCAGAAGACAAUAUGCGGUAUUUUAAUGUGAUGAUUCUUGGUCCGUCACAGUCUCCUUAUGAAGGUGGUGUUUUCAAGCUGGAAUUGUUUUUGCCUGAAGAGUACCCAAUGGCUGCUCCAAAGGUUCGGUUCCUCACCAAAAUCUACCACCCUAACAUUGAUAAGCUUGGAAGGAUCUGUCUUGAUAUUCUCAAAGACAAGUGGAGUCCUGCUCUUCAGAUUCGUACUGUACUUUUGAGCAUUCAAGCACUUUUGAGUGCUCCAAAUCCAGAUGAUCCACUUUCUGAAAACAUUGCAAAACAUUGGAAGACAAAUGAGGUUGAAGCUGUUGAAACAGCAAAAGAAUGGACUCGCCUUUAUGCUAGUGGUGCUUGAACUCUGCCGACGAAGCACUUUGAAAUAACAAAAUGUGCAAUGUACUCUAUUAACUGUUGAAUUAAAAUGGGGUGCCAAGAAGUGAUCAUGUUUGGAACAAACCAGAAUUAUUGUUUGAACUAUUUAGUCAUUCAAGUUACUGCUAGAUAAUUGUUUCCCCAACCCUCGAAAUUUUAUUGUAUCAACUAUAAUAUAAAGGCUCACCAAGGGUUACGGACCCUUGAAAUGCGUCCAUUUUCCGGCCGGUGAGUCCUUUGUUAAAUUUGUAAUGAUGAUAUAUGAAAUGUGUAAUGAUGAUAUGGUCGGAGUGAUUUUUCAGUUA